AUGAGUACGAUUUAUAGGGAGAGCGACCCGGCAGAGUCGGAGCCCUCGCCAUCGCCAACAACCAUCCCCAUCCAGAUCAAUAUGGAAGAAGAGAAGAAAGAUGUUUUCGUCAAGAAUAUUGAUGAGGACAUCAACAAUUUUACUGCGACUACUGAUGAAGAGGACCGUGAUCCAGAAAGCCAAAAAUUCGACCGCCAUUCUAUCCAAGAGGAAGGUCUCGUUUGGAAGGGCGACCCUACAUACUUGCCUAAUUCUCCAUAUCCCGAAGUGAGGUCUGCGGUCUCCAUUGAGGAUGAUCCCACCAUCCGCCUCAACCACUGGAGGACUUGGUUCUUAACCACGAUAUUUGUGGUAGUAUUCGCCGGUGUCAAUCAGUUCUUUUCCCUGAGAUAUCCAUCUUUAGAGAUCAAUUUCCUUGUCGCACAGGUUGUUUGCUAUCCAAUAGGUAGAGUGCUGGCUCUCUUGCCCGACUGGAAGUGUCCCAAAGUACCAUUCUUUGAUUUGAACCCGGGACCAUUCACCAAAAAGGAACAUGCCGUCGUUACUAUUGCCGUGGCGCUCACUUCUUCCACUGCAUACGCUAUGUACAUUUUGAACGCUCAAGGAAGUUUCUACAAUAUGAAGCUAAACGUCGGAUAUCAGUUCUUGUUGGUUUGGACAUCACAGAUGAUUGGUUAUGGUGCUGCGGGUCUGACCAGAAGAUGGGUCGUCAACCCUGCAAGCUCCAUCUGGCCUCAAACUCUAAUUUCAGUGUCAUUGUUUGAUUCGCUGCACUCAAGAAAAGUUGAAAAGACAGUCGCAAACGGUUGGACGAUGCCCCGUUACAGGUUUUUCUUGAUUGUUCUUAUCGGAUCCUUCGUCUGGUAUUGGGUACCAGGAUUCCUCUUCACUGGCCUGUCCUAUUUCAACGUCGUUUUAUGGGGGUCGAAGACAAGACACAAUUUCAUUGCUAACACAAUCUUCGGUACUCAAAGUGGGCUCGGUGCGUUGCCAAUCACAUUCGACUACACGCAAGUUUCCCAAGCCAUGUCCGGCUCCGUAUUCGCUACACCAUUCUACGUCUCUGCCAACACCUAUGCAUCAGUGUUAAUAUUCUUUGUCAUAGUCCUACCAUGCCUCUAUUUCACCAACACCUGGUAUGCCAAAUACAUGCCUGUCAUUUCAGGUUCCACUUAUGACAACGCUCAAAACAAAUACAACGUAACGAAGAUUCUUAACGAGGAUUACUCCAUUAAUCUCGAGAAAUAUAAAGAAUACUCACCAGUAUUUGUUCCAUUUUCCUAUCUUUUGUCGUAUGCCUUGAAUUUUGCCGCUGUUAUCGCUGUUUUUGUUCACUGCUUCUUAUACCAUGGUAAAGAUAUUGUCGCCAAGUUUAAAGACCGUAAAAAUGGUGGUACCGACAUUCACAUGAGAAUCUACUCAAAAAACUACAAGGACUGUCCCGAUUGGUGGUAUUUGCUCUUGCAAAUUGUCAUGAUCGGUUUAGGGUUUGUGGCAGUAUGCUGCUUCGAUACUAAGUUCCCAGCCUGGGCAUUUGUUAUUGCCAUAUUAAUUUCCCUUGUAAAUUUCAUUCCACAAGGUAUAUUGGAAGCAAUGACUAAUCAACACGUUGGUUUGAAUAUUAUCACAGAAUUGAUUUGUGGUUAUAUGCUGCCUUUAAGACCAAUGGCAAACUUGUUAUUCAAACUAUACGGAUUCAUCGUCAUGAGACAAGGUUUAAAUCUGAGUAGAGAUUUGAAAUUGGCUAUGUACAUGAAAGUUUCCCCCCGUCUGAUUUUUGCCAUUCAAAUUUAUGCCACUAUCAUAUCUGGUAUGGUUAACGUUGGUGUACAGGAAUGGAUGAUGCAUAAUAUCGAUGGCUUGUGUACCACUGAUCAGCCAAACGGGUUCACUUGUGCAAAUGGUCGCACAGUUUUCAACGCCUCUAUCAUCUGGUCUUUGCCAAAGUAUCUUUUCUCAUCAGGGCGUAUUUAUAGUCCGCUAAUGUGGUUCUUCUUGAUUGGUUUGCUAUUUCCACUAGUGGUUUAUGCCAUUCAAUGGAAAUUCCCUAACUUUAAAUUCGCUAAGCACAUUCACACUCCCGUAUUUUUCACAGGCCCAGGUAAUAUCCCCCCAAGCACACCUUAUAACUACUCAUUAUUUUUCGCAAUGUCAUUCUGCCUAAACUUUAUAAGGAAAAGAUGGAGAGCUUGGUUCAAUAAGUAUAAUUUUGUCAUGGGGGCUGGUGUUGAAGCAGGCGUGGCAAUCUCUGUCGUUAUCAUAUUUCUGUGUGUACAAUAUCCAGGUGGUAAACUCAGCUGGUGGGGAAACAACGUUUGGAAAAGAACGUAUGAUAAUGAUUAUAAAAAAUUCUAUACCUUAAAGAAAGGUGAGACAUUCGGUUAUGAUAAAUGGUGGUAG